AAAAAAACCCCCAGUUGUUUCGCUUGAAGAUCCACGAGUUUCUGUUUGUAAACUUGUUCGCUUCGUUCACAGCACGGCAGCAUCCUCCCCAAUUUUUGGUAAGAACGACUUAUAUAGUCUAGUAUCAAGUGUUGUUUAAAAUAUGAGGAGGCGACCUGGAAUAGCUGGUUUGCAAACCGCUGCUGCUACUCGGGACCAAUAUAGAUUAGUUGGAGAAAAUGUUGCCAAGAUUAGAACAGAUCUCAUGAAGGAACAACUGGAGACAUUUAGAACCCAGUUGGAAGAAUUUGCUCGGAAACACAAGAAUGACAUACGUAAAAAUCCCACCUUCCGGUCACAGUUCCAUGAGAUGUGUGCCAAAGUUGGAGUGGAUCCUCUAGCCUCUAACAAAGGUUUUUGGGCUGAGUUGCUAGGAAUUGGAGACUUCUACUAUGAGCUUGGUGUUCAGAUAGUUAAUAUCUGCCUGGAAACAAGACCACAGAAUGGAGGCCUGAUUGACUUGCAAGAGCUUCGAAAUCUGUUGUGUCAUAGGCAUAAAGCUACUCGUGAAUCAGUAUCUGAAGAUGACUGCCUGCGAGCCAUAAGUAAACUUAAGGUUCUGGGUAGUGGUUUUGAAGUAAUUUCUGUUGGGAAGAAGAAGCUUGUGCGCUCAGUCCCUACUGAGUUGAAUAAAGACCACAAUGCAAUUCUUGAGAUGGCUCAGACCCAUGGCUACGUGACUGUGGAAGAGGUUGAAAGGAAACUUUCUUGGUCAUCUGGUCGUGCCAUUGACGUCCUCAUGUCCCUUCUAGAAGAAGGACUUGCAAUGAUUGAUGAUGGUCACAGAGACGGAAAGCGCCGUUAUUGGUUUCCUUGUGUUUCUCCAAUUUCAGCUACCUCUGGAUCUGACCAGAAGAAUUGAUGUUUUAGCUGCCUGCCAAACCUUCAGAUGCCAAAUGGUGCUCAUUAGAAUCAGGUGCUUGAUUUAUUUGCUUAUGACAUGAAUCAUUUGAUAUAUUGGAGGAAAAAAAAACGUCACUCUACCGGUGUAACAUGCGCUGAUUUUGUGUGUGUACUGUGAUUCAUGAUGAGUUAUUUUGUAGUAGAAAUGAAAGAUCAUGUUAUCUGGUAUGCUUUGUUACACCAUCUCAUAUUUUUAUUCUAUUGAAAAUUUGUCUACUUGGGUUGGAUAUACAGUGGCAAAGUAUAUUUUACUCGA